CCGUCAAAGGCACAUCACUACCCCCCGGAUGAGUUGCACAUGACGUAAUGGUCCCAGUUACACACAAGGUAUAUGAUGUGCACCUAGGAUGGUGGAAGCAAAAAAAGUAUAAAAGGAGACCAACCUACUCAGACUCCAACAAUCCCCAUAUACAAUCCGCUUAAUCAAACCAGUUACAAGAAAUUUUACAAACAAACACAACUGCAAUCAUGAUGACAAGCAACGUUCAAGAACCCCACCGCUCUAACAGUGCCCGUAAGGCUCCAAGAAAGUUCAGUGUGACGGACUCGGCCAAGCACCCUCAUUUGCACCAAAUCCAUGAAACGUUGCAUAACCUCAAAGAAGAUGCCAGGGAGUCAUACGCAAUCCAUAAACAAGAAAAAGAAGAGCGUCGUGCGAAGCGUCCGCAAGACGGCAAAACCAAUCCUAUGGAGUAAGCAGUAACCAUACUUCUCCAGAUAUAGCGUACAUCAUAUCAUAUCGUCAUCAUCAUCAUCUAUCAUCAUCAUCAACAUUUUCCUGUACUUGACACCUUUCCCAAAGAUUCAAAUCUUGUGUAUAUAUAUGGAGUAGCUUCCCCCUUCUCUCUUCCUUUUUAGCUUUUAUAUAUCGUAUCUUCACCAUUUGUAUAAAAUAAAACACACAAUCAGUGCAU